GAGGACGCGAGCGGCGAGGGGGAGGUCGACGAGAGGAUGAAGCCCGCGGAGGAGGCGCCCGCGGUGAAGGAGGAGGAGGAGCGCGAGGAGAAGGCGGAGGAGGAGAGGAUGCCGAUCGCGGGAGGCGGAGACACGGCGCCGCCGGCCACGACGAAUCCCGUGAAGCGGGAGGAUGCGGUCGCCGACGGCGACGGAAAGGAGGCGACGGCGACGACGGUCGUCGUCGUCAAGACGGAGGUGCCGAACGGGGAGGUCGCGGUGAAGAAGGAGCCAGGUACUGGAAGCGGCGGGGAGGAAGGGGAGAAGGACGGCGAGAAGAAACCGCCAGAAGACAGCAAAGACAAGAAAGAACUGGUGAAGCCGCUGCCGAAAAAGAGGGCGCCACCGCGGCGCAAGGACCCGAACGUGUUCCUGCAGUGCGGCUCGUGUCACGAGGUGCACUGUAAGAUGGGGCGCUGCCGCGAGUGCCGCGCCAGCGAGCGCACCAAGGACAAGACGAGCAUCUUCUGUCGCUUCUACGCGUUCAGGAAGCUGCGACGGACCGGCCGCGGAGGGCUGAACGCGGCGGGAUUCUCGGAGCCGGGCGACGCCAGCAAGGAUGACCUACAGAUGUGGCUGCCGCAGCCCGGCAGCGUGCAGGAGCCGCGCCUCGACGUUGAGAUGUCCAAGUACAUUCUCGCGAGCACGGGCAACCAGUUCUGCCAGGUCGUCGAGCAGGAGAAGCAGGCGCAGUCGUGGUCGAACGGCACCAAGGCGGCGUGGAAGCGAGUCGUGCAGGGUGUGCGCGAGAUGUGCGACGUGUGCAUGACGACUCUCUUCAACUUCCACUGGGUUUGCUUCCGCUGCGGCUUCGUUGUCUGCCUCGACUGCUACCGCACGCGCAUGAAGGACACAGAGUCCAAGGAGGCCAGUGACGCACCGCCUGCUAGUGUGGUGACUUCAUUCACCAAGGAUCGAGAUGAAUACAACUGGUUGAUAUGCAACUACAAGGAUAAGAUCUGGCACAACGAGAAACAGAUGAUGUUUACACAGAUCAUACCGGCUGACGCGCUGUGGAAGGUUCGGAAGCUCGUGCACAAGGUCAGGUCCAAGUGGAAGAUUCCGGAGAAUUGUCCGUGCAGCCAGGGCUCGAAGAAGAAGAGUACCCAGCCGGAGAGAGGAGGCUACAAAGAGGACAUGCUGAAGAAUAUCAGUAUGCGUCUCGCGGACGGAGCAAAGAAGGAGAGGGUGGUGGUAAAGACUGAGACUGCUGCUGAUCCACCAUCUAGUGCCAUCGGAUCUCUGCUGCUUCCCACUCACGAGCAGAACCAAGCGAAACCCGUGACCGGUCUAGCUGCAGUGCUUCCCUCUAUGUCUGGGUUCUCGGGGGCGCCGUGCGGCCUGGACGCGGUGCUGGCCAGCGUCAUACAGCAGAGCCUGCUACCGUCUGCCAAGGGCUCCAAGGCUCGCGCGAGGCCGCCGCCCAUCUCACCCUUCGCUCUGAGCCCUACGUCGAAACUUCCGCUGCAGACGUCGAACGCGCUGAAGCCGGUCAAGCGUACGAUGAUGGAGACGAAGCUGCUGUACCCGGACGUGCCGCACACUGUGCUGUGCGACGGCCGCCUGCUGAGGCUGCACGACCCCACCAACCCGGCCAACAUGAAGCUCUUCCAGGACCAGUGGAAGCGCGGCCAGCCUGUGGUCGUGUCGGGCAACCACAAGCUGUUGAACAGAGACCUGUGGGAGCCGGCCUCGUUCACUCGCGACUUCGGCGACGUGAAGAACGACCUCAUCAACUGCAAGACAGGCGCCACGAUCACGGACUACCCGAUGAAACGUUUCUGGGACGGAUUCGAAAAGCUCACGAAACGGACAAUCAAGGAUGACAACGGUGAGUCGAUACUGCUUAAGCUAAAGGAUUGGCCACCAGGAGAGGAUUUCUUUACCCUUCUACCUGAUAGGUUCGAAGACCUCAUGUGCCACAUUCCGAUUCCUCAGUACACGCGCAGGGAUGGUUGCUUCAACCUCUGCUCCAGGCUUCCAGAGAUAUUCGUCAGACCUGACCUCGGCCCGAAGAUGUACAACGCAUACGGUUCGGCGAUGUUUCCGAGUGAAGGGACGACGAAUCUGCAUCUGGACAUCUCGGACGCGGUGAACGUGAUGGUGUACGUCGGCAUCCCCGACGACGACCCGCUACACGACCACCGCGAAGAGGCGAUUCGUGCUGUGGAGCAUGCGGAUGCUGAUAUCUUUAUGCGGGCGCGGCUGCGCGACAAAGAUGAAGUACCUGGCGCCCUCUGGCACAUAUUUGCCGCAGAAGAUGCUGACAAGAUACGUCAACUGCUCAGGAAGCCAUCUCACCUAAUCUUAACGACAACUUGCGCUUCGAUCGAUUCGUUUGUUCGCGACGCGUCGUGGCGUAACGUGGUGAUCAUUUCGCGUCUUCGACCCCUGCAGGUCCGUAACCUUCACAGCUGCAUCAAGGUCGCGGAGGACUUUGUGUCACCAGAGGGCAUCGGCCACUGCUUCGCGCUCACGCAGGAGUUCAGGGAGCUGUCGGACACGCACACGAACCACGAGGACAAGCUGCAGAUAAAGAACAUCAUCUACCAUUCGAUAAAGGACGCCGUCAGCGUGCUGCUGCACGAAGAGGAGAGCAAGGGUGGCAGCGUUCCGGCGAAGGUCUGAGCCGAUCGACCGCGCGGUCCCCGCAUUCUUCCAGUCUGCCGUCGCCGUUCUGUCAGUCGAUGGGAUCCGUGACAAACUGCGACUAGUCAUGCUUCUGUCGGCGGUCGACGCGGCAGCGGCAGCAGCCUUGGUGCCAGCAGUGUGCUCUGCGACGAGAGGCCAGUAUCGUUUCGGCUGAGCGCGGAGGGUCGAUCGUGAGCCAUAGCGGGGUUAGGCGUAGCGACGUAGCGGGUUAUAGGAUGUGAUUUGUCGAGGUUGCGUCGGCGUCCUGUGGUUGGCAAUGCGCCAGCGUCGCUUCUCCCAGUUUUGUUUUUCUCGCGAGUGUUCGUCUCCGAGGUUUCGGGUUCUUUCGCGGGUUUGAACAAACAGAAGUAAGGUGAGGUUGAGAGGCCUCAAGAGAGCAUGUGUGCAUUACGUGUGUGUACGUGCGUGCGCAUGCAAUAAGUGCAUUUGUCUGUGCCACAGCAGUUAUCAAUCAGAACUGUACGUGUAUAAACUUUGGAUCGUUAGCAAUAUAGUGAAUUCGUUUUAGGUAGCAACUUGUAUGAAUAAAGUCAGAGACUAUGUGAUGUUAUCAACGGCUUGAAUGUGGUUACAUGCUCUAUACGGGAGGUGGAUUUGUAGAGUGGGAAAAAGUGGAUAUAUAUAUGUAUAAUAUGUAUAUCAGCAGUGAAUACAACAAAAUUAAAUUGCUGAUAUAUAUAUAAAUAUGUAUAUAUAUAUAUAUAUACAUGGCAGAUAAUUAGCCAGAUUAAUUAACCUUAUAGUAAAGGUCUUUUGGAAAAAGGUAUUGUUAGUAGAGACCUCAGUAAGGUUGCAUGGCCCUGCUUGUGAAGUAUGUACGGGCACUCAGCAAAUGAGACUAACGAUUAUAAGCUAUGUACAUGAAUUACGGUCUGCUGGGUUUUUAUUUUAGAUCAUGUUUAUUUACCUCGAUAUGCCCUUUAAAGGUGCAUUUCCUUUAGUUUAGUAGUUGACCAUCAUGAAAUAGUAGUCGCGUUUGUUACUCAUACACGUGUAGGUAUACGUGUAUUGCUAUGUAAACAUCGCUGUGUACUUGGAUAUGUGGUAUGUGUUUCGUUUUCCUCUCGAUAAAUUGUAUGCCAUGAUGUUUUUCCCCCCAUUAAAGUAAUUUUGUAGUGACACAGGAUGGUUUAUCUGAAGCCGACUGUCACCUCUCUGUAAACGAAAAAUGCAUGUUCUGUGACAUAUUCUCUUGUCUGUGAAGUUUUGAUACACCUCUCAGAAUGUAAACAAUAAAAUUUAAUUGAAAAUAA